CGGAUGAUGAUGAUGAAAAUUUUCUAAAGUACUUCCGUCGCAGACAACUUUCAUAUGCCUACAAACAUUAAUCAGUUUCUAGGGAGGAACAUGAUGCCAAAUAUCUGCACACCUGGAAGGAGUGGUCCCACCAUGGAAUUAGUGCUGAAACUCACCAAAUGUUGGAGCAGGCCUUAUGUUUAACUGAGUUCCAUGGUGAUGCCCACCCCAUCUUCCUCACCCCAGCCUUCGUCCUCCUUUCACUUCUUGUUUCUGCUGGAAGCUCGGUAAAUGCAUCAGGAGAACAGAGGUUCAGACAGAAACUGACUGAAGACAAAUGGGCUGAUUGUAAACCAACACAGAAACAAUCCCUGGACACAUGCACAGUGACACCAUGGGUGAAGCUGUAUGGUGGUUUCCUAAUGCCUCAAUGGGAGCCCUGCAGUAGGAUGCAUGCCACCAUUUGGACAUUCCCACAGAUGCCUUCCCACCUCUGCUUCCUCAUCCUGUCCAGCUUGGCAAUCUCAUCCCAACUGGGUUUGGAGGAUGUUUUCUUCAGUCCCCAGGACCAGACAGUCAGAGAGGAAGAGACAGUUUUCUUCCACUGUGUGUCUGGGGAAAGUUCACCUCCUGCGAGCAUCACGUGGCUCAAAGAUGGAAAGGUGGUCACAAGAGGUAGACUGAUUCAGGGUGAGUAUGGAGGUGGUAACCAGAAGAAAACCUCAGGCACUCUGCAUCUUUUCAACGUAACAUUAGAAGAUGAUGGGAUGUACCUUUGUGUCACACACAAUCCUUUACUGAACAUCAGCAAGGAGAGCAAAGCAGCUAAACUAACAGUGCAGGGUGUCCCCAGACAGCUGCAGAUCAUCCAGGGCCCUGACAACAUCACUGUUGCUAUGGGAACAGAGGUCUCCAUGCAUUGUGCCAUUCGUGGCUUCCCUGUUCCCAUGGUACACUGGUUCAAAGACGGCUGCCUCCUGACAAACUGCUCGGCCUCGUUCAGCCUGCAGAACAAUGGACAGCUGCUCACAUUCAGGAAUGUGACAAAGGAGGACGAGGGCUUUUAUCACUGUGAAGCAUCCAACCAGAAAGAGACAAUCAAGUCCCAGCCAGCCUUCCUACUUCCAGCUGAGAUGGACUGGAGUUUCAUCCGACAGCCCACAAACCUGAUGGUGAAGAGAGGAGAAAAUGCCACAGUCACCUGCAGGCCUCCAUACAGCAGACCAGCAGCCCAGGUGUCCUGGUUCAAGAAUAACCAGCUCUUCUCUCCCGCAGCCCAUGUAACUGUGCUACCCAGUGGAGACCUGUUCUUUUACAGUGUCCAAGAGUAUGACAGUGGGAGUUACUUCUGCAGGGCCUCCAAUGUCCAUCUUCAGAGAUUUCUCACAUCUAGAAGAGCGACGCUAACCGUGCUGGCACCUCCAUCAGUGACGCUGUGGCCCCAGGUGCUGACUGUACCAGUAGGUGCCCAGGUGGUGCUGGAGUGCCAGGUGUCAGGUCACCCUCCACCCUUCAUCAGCUGGGUCAAGAGAGGCCACUCCAAGCAGACUGGAGGCAAGGUUGCUUUGGGACGGAGAAAUGCUACUCUGUACAUCCAGUCAGCCAGGACCUACGAUGAGGGAGUGUACGUGUGCGAGGCCUUCAAUGCACUGGGUCAAAGCCGCAGCACAGCAGUGCUGAGAGUCGCUGUGAGCCCCAUCAUAGUGACCUUCGUAGGCCAGGUGAACUGCAGGAUCGGGGCUUCAGUGGUCCUGCCCUGCAGGGCUGUAGGGAUUCAGCCCAUCACACAUACAUGGACCAGAGGCAAAGCAGGGAUUCACUCCCUCAUCAGUCCCACUGCAGACACCCACAUUGAUGAAGAUGGAGCGUUACAUAUUUCCAGUGUACAGUACUCUCAUGCAGGGGAAUAUUACUGCACUGCAGAGAACCGAGCAGGACAACAACAGAGACGCACUGUCCUCACUGUCACAGCUGAAGAUCAUCCAGCCAAUAGAGGCAAACAGACGAGACUGGUUUUGUCUGCUAGCAAGAACAAUGAACCACCCGUUUCCAGCAACUCUGUGGCUGCACCAUACUACACAACAUUGCAUCAUCUACAUGUACAGGAACAGCAUAAGGAGGCCACAUACUCAUCACCUUACUGUGAUGCUGCAACAGACGGAGUUACCACAGAUUCUACAAUUUUAAGGGAAGCAGUGGUGGAGCUAAAGAUGUCACCAUGGUCACUAGGCCGUGUGUCAGAACACCAGCUGAAUCAGCCAGCAGCCAGUCCAACCCCACCGUUAGUCACACAGAUGCAGCCUCCUUUGUUAGCAGCUGCUCCACAUUUGAUCUUCCCGUCAGUAGGUCUCCACACCCCUGUGCCAAUUUCAAAUGGUGAACCACCGAUAACACGCAGCCAGACAUCAGCAGUCACCAGUGAAGGUUUGGGUACAACCCUUCAGUAUCUGCUCAUUGAAAAUCAGUCCCAUUUGACAUUAACAUCAUCUCAUACAGGAUUUCAGCAUCCAGUUGGUGGCAAAUUGUUGAUGGAGCCUGAUUCUCAGGACUCUAACAUUCAUGUUGCAUCUCCAGCUGGUAAAACCUCAGAGCCCUUCACCAAGUUGUCUGGUUCUCAACCACAGUCAGAGCCUCCAAUAACUGGACCCUUUGGUUUUCUUAAGUUGGAGUCAUACUCACAGACUCCAACACAGAAGCCUUUAUCCAAAACUAAAACAAGCCACUCUGGUUCAGUCACUCAGGCGCGUCAGUCUCAAACUCAGGCCCAGCAGCUGGUUACAGAAAGUAAAUUUGACCAAUCAUACCAUGAGCCAACCUCAAACCAGAUUUCUCAAGCCAAACUCAAACACCCAGGUCAACCUCGCCAUCAGAAAACUCAUCAGCAGCCUUCAUCCACCCUCUCACAACUAUCUCAAGCUUAUCCUAAACAUUCUUUCACCGUAAGUUCUUUACCAAAGUUCCAUCGUGAGCUUACAACAGUCCAGCAUUUUUAUUUGCCUUCCACACAAGCUCCACUUUCGUCAAUCACCAAGCCUCAAUCAUUCCAGGUCCACAGUCACCAUUCAACAACUAUACCACCUUCAACCAUUUCUCUACUUUCUCAAAUGCAACCUCAAGCAUCUCCAACACAGCAUCCACAGCCUUCAGCACUGGACCCUGAAAUAACAGCUGGCCAUCAGGUCAACAUGUCAGAUCAGGUACAACUAAAUGCUACUCAGCAAGGUAACACAGGUCAGUCUGCCCAAUCAUCCAAUGACACUGACCUUACAGAGUGGCUGAAGAGGAACACCUCCCAAUCACCUAUGACCAGCAAUGACCCCAGAGUGACACAGCAGUCUCCAUCAUGGCUGCCUGUGCUGGAGAGGCAUGACAUCCCCAUUGUGGUGGGAGUGGGUGUAUCUUUGGCUUUCAUCUUCAUCACUGUUACCUUCUACUCAGUGGUCCAGAAGAAUGAACCUGCACCAACAAGCCGAGCAGCUCAGAGGAAUCUAGGAGUCCCCAUACGACAUGCUGAACGUCGGGCUACAGGAAGAACAUACGAAAACAAAGCUUUUGAAGACGAUGAUUGUGUGGCAGUGAUUGAGCAGAGCCCCAACACAUCGGACACUCGAGCCCGACCUCCAGGUCCCAGCCUGGUCACAGUGCAGAUGGAGCCGACAUUUGAGGACUUUCAAGUGGACACAGACCCCGUUCUGGACAACCACUCAGUCACUGUAGAGACUUAUCCUGAGCCCAUUCUUGACACAAAGAUUGAUUCUUCUCUAGAGGAGGAGAAGGGCUGCAGUUUGCCCCAGCCCAGCAUUCAGUUGCAGUGUGCUGAUGACUGGAUCAGUAACCAAGGGGACAACAACAGCCCAUGUCAGGAUACCUUGCCUCCUCCAUCGCCCUUACCUUCCCGUUUGCCUUCCCCCUCUCCACCAUCCAGAUGUGAGGAUGGCCUUCGCUCUUCUUUAACUGUGCAAAGUGCUGAGCCGUGUGUAGCACCUCUCCACCACAGCCUUAGCAUCUCACAUGGCAACCCUCCCCUGCUUCUGUCUCACCACGUCUCCUUGGGCCUCACUACAGUUGCAGUGGAUGUCCAUUUUUACCCAUCAGCCACUGCUUCAAUGGCAGUAGGCACUAGUACUCAUAUUAAUUCUGCCUCUAAUUCCACUUCAAUGGCUGCGCCUCUCUUCAGUCCCCCAUUAGGUAACAGUCAUGAGAACGACCAAUCAUCUGCCAGAUUUCAUCAGUGUAAGUAGCUACUGAUUAAAGGUUCAUGGCUGUGAAUUUCUAUGUUUUUGUUACUUGAGAGAAUAGGAAGCAUUACCCAGCUAAAUGAAAAUAGCUGUGCUAAAGUUAAGCAUCCUACGUUACUAAACCUAAACACAAUCCUUCUGAAACAUCCACCUGAGGUCUCACGUUUGUAAUAUCAGGUUUCUCUUCUUCUAGUUCAGGAUUAGACUAUAUAUACUGUCUUGUGUUUCCAGCUGCAGCCAUUACACAAGGUAGAGAUCAACCUUAAGAGCACUUGUGUUAUUCAUUAAUUCCUGUUUUGAUUGGUUAGGGGUGAAGAUAUUUCAUCACCAGCCAAUCAGUGCAGGUGUUGAUGACAGAGGGAAAUAUGGGCUGUAACGAUGGAAUUUGAGAAAUUUAAACAACUUUGGCUGAAAAAAAAUGUCAGAUAUAUUUUAAAUGCACUCAAUAUGAAUAAAACAUUUGCUAAAAACGAACAUAAUACCAGCGCUUUAAAAACACACCAGUUAACCACAAUAUGUUUCUUCAUCACAAAAUAAGUGGUGUACAUCUUAUUUUUAAAAAGGAGCACAGUGGUUACUUUUUAACAUCUCUUGACUGCGCAUGUGCAUGGUCCCUGCUCUAUUUACAGUCUGCCACUAGCUUUACACAGUACAUGAGACAACGUGAGAAGCUGGUAGGAUAGCCUCAGCAUGUUACCUGGUGUACUACCUGUACUAGUUACAUUGAUUACUGUCACAUGUAUUAUGUUAAGUAUGUCAUGUUAUAUGUUCUGAAUAUAACUACAGCUUUAUCAUGAUUAUUCUUGCUUUCUGUUGUUUUUAUUUUUUUUAAUCAUGAAAAAGAAAUGCAUAGUUUUAUUAUAAUUUACAUAGCAGUCACAUUUGUUUGAUAUUAUGUAAUUGCUUAUUUCAAGUAAAGGCAUAAAUGUGUUGUCCUGUAUUGAAUUCUUUAGUGAAACAGCCAAGGAUACAUCAGUUUGUCAGAAAAUAUUGCAAUUUUUUAUGACAGACUGUACAUAACUUGUUUCAGUGACCUGCUCAUUCUCUUGUAUCAAGCUACUUGACUGUUACACCUUCUUUUUUUUUGAAAAUGUAAGGGGCUGUAUCAAUAAACAUUUAGACAACACAAUCAAGCUCUUUAGUAAUAUUUUUGCCUGUA